AGUCGAUUACGAGCUGCAAUCACUGAUCCUUCUGUCACGCAUCGCCAUUAUACUGACAGCUGUGAUGCGGUGUAGUCGUGACAUUCGGAACUUCGAAAUUUUAAUUUGAAUUUGAUUUCGAAAAAAAUUAAAUUAUUCUUACUUGCCAGUAAUAUUUCGUUCGUAAUUUGUAAUUUGACAUUUAUAAUAUUAAGUUGUGGUUCAGUGAUCGUGUGUAUGUUAUUUGAAUUAUCGGGUCUUCGACACAAUGGCGCCAUCUCUUAGCGUGCGGGAGUACUAUGCAGACAAAACUAUUUUCAUAACAGGCGCGACGGGCUUCGUCGGGAAGGUCCUAAUAGAGAAGAUACUGUAUUCGUGUCCUGAAGUGAAGAAAAUCUACCUCUUGAUGAGGCCGAAGAAAGGACAGUCAUGCAAAGAAAGAUUGGACGCGUUUGUGAAUUGCAAGGUAUUCGACCGCAUUCACAACUCGUGCGCAUCCCGUCUGGAGAAGCUGCAGGUGAUCCCCGGGGAUAUCCUCGCCGAGGACCUGGGGGUCAGUCCGGAAGACAGAGAGCUGCUGCAGAGGGAGACGCAGAUACUGUUCCACGGCGCCGCUUGCGUUAGGUUCGACACACCGCUCAGGGAGGCGGUAAACAUGAACACAGUUGGAACCAAGAAAGUACUUGAUCUAGCUGACAAAAUGUCGCAGCUUGAGGUGUUCGUCCACGUGUCGACGUCGUACUGCCGCUGCGAGGUGCCCGUGCUGGAGGAGCGGUUGUACCCGGCCGACCACCGCCCUGAUGACGUCAUGCGCUGCGUCAGCUGGAUGGGCGACGAGCUGCUCGACCAUCUGCAGCCGAAACUGAUCCACCCCCAACCGAACACGUACGCUUAUACCAAAAACCUGACAGAAGAUUUGGUCAGCCAGCAAGCAGGGAAAUACCCAAUCGUCAUUGCCAGGCCUUCUAUUGUAACAGCAGCUUUAAGAGAACCUCUAGUAGGGUGGGUGGACAACCUCAACGGUCCCACGGGGCUGCUGGUCGGCGCCGGCAAAGGUGUGAUCAGAACCAUGCACUGUAAUGAAGAUUAUGUCGCCGACGUCGUCCCCGUGGACAUAGUGGUCAACGCCUGCAUCCUAUUGGCUUACUGCACGGCGCUUGAGAAACCAACAGAAGUACAAAUAUGCAACAUCACCCAAUCGGGCGUGAACCCCAUCACCUGGGGUGGAGCGCUGGACAUUGGUCGCGUGAAGGUGCAGGAGUAUCCCUUCUCUGUCUGCCUUUGGUACCCAGGUGGUUCGCCCAAGAGCUCCUGGCUCCAGCACCAGAUUGCGAUGUUCUUCACGCACCUGCUGCCCGCCUACCUGGUGGAUCUCCUCAUGUGUUUACUCGGGAAGAAGCCUUUCAUGGUGAAGAUCCAGAAGCGGGUGAACUACGGGCUGGAGGUGCUGCAGUACUACACCACCAAGGAGUGGCACUUCAGGAACGACAACUUCCGCGCGCUCCGGAAGAAGGUCUCUCAGGAAGACGACACCACUUUUUACACGGAUCUUAACGAAAUCCACUGGCUGACCUACGUAGGGAACUACAUAAAGGGCGCCCGCGAGUACUGCAUCAAGGAGGACCCUGCCACCAUUCCACAAGCCAAGAAGCUGCAGAAACAGUUGUACUACCUCGACUGGAUCACGAAGAUCGUCAUGUGCUCGCUGUGCGUCUACUUCUUGUACAGCUAUAUGAGGCUCUUCGUGGGACCUGUCUCGAAUUAAUCAUAUUUUUAAUUUAGCAUAAUUUAAUUAAUGUAAUUUUAAAAUGGUGGAAUAUAUAAGUAGUACAAUU